GAGCUUUACGUUGCCAGAUCCCACCUCUGCCAGUGGUUUUGUUUCGAAGGAGGUCAGGGAAAAUGUGUCCCGUACCGAACAGCCCGUCGUAUCCCUGGCUCGCAUUUGUUCCGCACAUCACGCAAAUCUUGCAGUCGUUUCAGGAGUGAUUGUUUUAACAGCCACAAUAGAAAAUGUCUUUUGUUUUGAGCCGGGGAGCUCGCAGCCUGCUCUCUCACUCUCACACGAGUAUGCUGAGUGAAUCCGGAGCGCUGCGGCCGCCUGCAGCGCGAGGACUCUGUUCGCGUUGCUAACUUGCCACUUUCGUCUGUACAGCUGCGGAUCGGACGGGACGGACUCGCCUACACGCGACCCAGUUAGCUGUACCCGGACACAUCGUCGUCUUCCUGGUCGACUUUUCAUUUUUCUCGUUCACGCUCGAGAGGCCUCCGGGAGUUGUUUGAUGUUGGAAUGUCCCACCAAGCUUCGACUCGAUCGGACGAGAUACUGCUUUAACAAGAGGAAGCAAACGGACUGAGUGAUGUUUUUUGGUGCGCGGCCUGUUUUUUUCGGAGCUCUCGCUUAGAAACUUAACGACUGAAAUAUGGGACAGAGGGAAGCACGGAGCGGGUGGACCAGACUGUCUGACCAGUCGACGUUUCGUUUAAGUACGAAGUCAGGGGAAACAGCGCGAGAGAUGAUGUCCUAAUCUUUGUGCUACGACCACCCCUAAAAAUUAGAUGGAUUCGAAGCCCGUUUCAGUUUCCUGUGUUGACUGUUGUUUGCUCUGAUUUGACAUUGGCUUGUUCGCCGCAUCUUCUGAGUCUUCAAUGGAAGUAUGUUACCAGUUGCCGGUGCUGCCGCUGGACCGGCCGGUACCGAAGCACGUCCUCGGCCGGCGUGGCGCGAUCUGCCUCACCUCCAGCCCGGUCCUGUUCGGUGGGCCGGCUCCCCGUCAGCUCUCAAAGAGGCGAGGAGCAAUUUCAUACGACAGCUCAGACCAGACAGCACUCUACAUCCGCAUGCUAGAUGUUCGAUUGAGAGCUCAAACAAGUUACACACCGGAGAGACAGGGGAGAUCAGAGAGAGAUGAGAGAAAAGACAGACAUGAAAGAACACAGAGACGACAGCACGCACAUUUCUGCACUGACUUCCGACCUCUUCAGUGGUGUUUUGGUGUUGUUUGUGCAGCCCGGACGGACACUGUGGGAUCGGAAGCAGAGCAGCCGGUCAGAAGUGUUCUAAGCUUCCAGAAGAACCUACACCCUUCACAUUACAGCAGAAAUCACACACAUGCCACACACCACACUCUAGACCAAGAGUACAUCGGCCAAGCUAAGUGUUUGCUGCGCAAAGUUGGAAGCUGGAGCUUUGAUGUCUUCCUCUUUGAUCGACUCUCAAAUGGAAAGAGUUUAGUAGAUUUAACCCUUCACCUCUUCAGUGACUAUGGACUAAUAAAGCUCUUCCGGCUGGACUUGCUCAAACUGCGGCAAUUUUUAGUGAUGGUACAUGAAGCCUACCGCAGUCAAAACCCGUAUCACAAUGCUCUCCAUGCUGCCGAUGUCACCCAGGCCAUGUACUGCUACCUGCAGGAACCACAGCUUUCCGAGUCUCUGACAUCCUGUGAUAUCCUGUUGGGUCUGCUAGCUGCUGCAACUCAUGAUUUGGAUCAUCCAGGUGUAAAUCAAACCUUCCUCAUCAAAACCAACCACUAUCUGGCCUCACUCUACCAGAACACAUCAGUACUGGAGAACCACCACUGGAAAUGUGCAGUCAGCUUGCUCAGAGAAUCAGGUCUUCUGUCCCAUUUUCCAUCUGAGGACAGACAGAACUUGGAGGAACGACUGGGUUCUUUGAUUCUGGCGACUGAUAUUAGCAGACAGAACGAAUAUCUGAGUCAGUUCAGAGCACACCUGGACCGAGCUGACCUACACUUGAACAAUAGCCAGAACAGACACUUCGUACUGCAGAUGGCUCUGAAAUGUGCAGAUAUCUGUAACCCCUGUAGACCCUGGCACCUCAGCAAGCUCUGGAGCCACAAAGUUACUGACGAGUUCUUCAAUCAAGGUGACAUCGAGAAGAGGCAGAAUCUGGAUGUGAGCGUACUAUGCGACAGGAAUGCAAACACUGUGGCCAAAAUACAAAUCGGGUUUAUAUCGUUUGUGGUGGAGCCAUUGUUUGUGGAGUGGGCUCGUUUCUCAGACACACCCCUUUCCCAUAUAAUGCUGGGUCACAUGACUUCUAACAAGUACAAAUGGACCCACCUACCACAGGAGGACCUGAAAGAAAGCACCCAGAGCACAUCAUCCAAAACUCUACCUCAGGGUGGCCUGGGGCCAUGACCUUUUUGUACACACACACACUCACACACACACACACAAAAAACAAACACAUACUAUACCUAUGCCAAGGAGGGUAAGAGACUGAAGUACUGCCAACCCCCGUGAAUACAGACACACACAUGCUUGCACACACUUCCCACUUCAUUAAACCACUAAUGUUUCUUAUUUUAAACAUAAUUUAUUAUAUUUAAUAAGAGCUUUUCUUCUUAAACAUAGAGCAAUACAGAAAUACCUCACACUGCCUAUUCUUCCAGUGCUCCUCGUCAAGCUUCUGUUUAAUUUAUUUUGUGUGUGAAACAGUUGAAAGUUGAAUUGAAGGGAAUGGAAACCAACAUACAGACAUAUACACAUAAACUGUUUGAGCUGAGAAGGGGUGUGCGCGCUCCUCCUGAACUGAUGUGCCAUUACACUGUACUUAAUAUUGAACUGUACAAGUGAUGACACAAGUUACUGUUACGUGCCAUACUCCACUUAUCCACUCGGUUUUUGCUCUUUCUCACACACAUGCAUACUUGUGCACACACGCACGCACAUAUAAACACAUUGAAGUAAGUGCACUGAUGCGUUUAACGCCAUAAAACCAGUGUGUUUCUGUCUUUACACUGUGAACCAUGAGCAAAUCGCUCUUGCACAUACACAGCACAUCAUAAGCCAGCACUACUACUUCUACUGUCCCUGCUAAUACAGACACACACUCAUACAACAUAUGUCCAAAAGUUUGUAGACACCUGCUCAUUCUGUGUUUCUUCCAUAAUCAAGGGUAUUUAUAGGGAGUAUUCUCCCCUCCUUGCUGCAGUAACUGCCUCUAUUUUCACGUGAUGGUUUUGCACUAGAUGUUGGGACAUGAUGAUUUGCGUUCAGCCAGGAGAGCAUUUGUGCUGGAUGAUUAGUUCUAGAUCAUAAGCAGCACUCCAGCUCAUCCCAAAGGCCUAACGCUGUGGGGCUUUAUAGCCGACCAUUGGCAUUGGGCAUGGUGACCUUAGGCACGUGUGUGGCCUCUUCAGAGUAUCCUAUUUUAUUGCAGUGCUUUUCUAUGCAGAUUAAACAAGCUGUUUAAGCAAACUGUGCAUAAUUAAACGCCUGUGUCAGCAGUGGGUGCACCCAACAGUAGCUGUAUUCACUAAUUGGAAGACGUCUACAAACUUUUGGGCAUCUAGUGUACUUAUUUUAACCCCUCAAACUCUACACUAUGGUGUGUGUAGCUUUUACUUCGAGUCUUCAUAGUCAGCCUGAAAUGUGAGUUUGCCUACAGAAACUACACUCUGGGUUAUACACAUCAUUGGUCAGAUGAGAGGGAUGACAUGGCCCACUGAGCCUUUAUAACAGUCUUUGUAAGUCUUGAAAAAGACAGUUUAACACCUUUACAGCAUUUUUUUAAUAAAGACAGUGAGUUUUACUGUCUAUAUAGCAGUAUAGACAGUGAGUUUCAACAUCUUUACAACAGUGUUUAUAAAGACAGUGAGGCUCAAUGAGUUAUUACACCUUGUAAAGACAGUUAUUCUAAAGCUUUUGUAAGGGUGCUUAUAAAGACUCAUAGGACAAAGCAGUUUAAUAACUAAGCUUGUUUAUAAGCUAUGCACUAAGCUGCGUGACCAAAUCUUUGUCACAGAGAGAGCUCAACCUCUUUCAGCAGCUGCUUGCCUUUAGCGAGGGACUUUUAGGUAUUUUUUCUGUUUUUGAUUUUCAGGUUGAUACAUUCCUCAUUUAUUUGAUGUGCCCUUAUUACAUUUUCCUGACACUCUCCUGCUUGGUUUGUCCCCUCCAGUAGAAGACAGCUGUGAAUGGUGAUCUAGGGUCAAUUAUCUUUCACGUCUUGAUUCUAAACCCAUUGAGGAUGGGUGGGGGAUUUUCCUAGAUCAGUAAUUUGAAUCUUAGAUACUCCAUACACAUGCAAAUAGAUUCUCUGAUCAUUUUGCAUUGCUCUUUCUUGGCAAGCACAAGGAGGCUGAGGUUGAGUUGAGAAUGCUGUUUACCAUUUUGUGGGAAGUUCUUUUUGAAUACAAGCUUUUAACAAAUCGAAGGAGAGUCGUUUCUAACGUUUUGCCAAAACUGAUUUUGAUACACACCCAUUGCGGUAACAUUUUCUUUAAUAAAAAGGCAAUUGACAGAAAA